AUGAAUGCUGCUUCCCAGCACCACUCCCUCCCCCACUCGGCGCACCAGUCCCUUGUGACAAAAAAUCGAGCAAGUUGUCUCAGUGCCUUGAUAAUUUUCCUGCAGACUCGUUUGACCAUAUGUGAAGGAGAAGAUGGUACUGAUUCAUCAAAUGGAGAUAUUCUGAUCUUUCCAGACAUGAUUAGAUACAGGAAAUUGACACACUUUGAUGUUGAUACUUUUAUUGAAGAAGUGCUCGUGAAAGACAUUGAGUGGCUCCCUGGAGCAGCUGAACAACUGACUGGUUCAUAUGUUUUUAUAUGUGCUCACGGAAGCCGCGAUCGGAGAUGCGGUGUUUGUGGCCCUGUUCUUGUUAAAAAAUUCAAAGAAGAGAUAGACCUUCGUGGUCUACAGGGACAAGUGUCUGUGAGCCCCUGCUCCCAUGUGGGUGGUCAUAAGUAUGCAGGAAAUGUCAUUAUAUUUAGUCCCAAUAUGCACGGAGAAUUAACUGGUCAUUGGUAUGGGUAUGUCUCUCCAGAUGAUGUGCCUACAUUGCUUGAACAGCACAUCGGGAAAGGAAAGAUUGUGGACCAUCUGUGGAGGGGGCAGAUGGGAUUAUCCGAGGAGGACCAGAAAAAUGUUCACAACCUUAGACUCCAGCUGAACGGCGGAAUGGAGCAAAAUACUGCAGAGGAAUUUGUCGAAACUACAGGAAUUGAUGGCGUUGUGAAUGGCUCAAUGGUUGGAGCAGGUGGAUGCUGUCAGGGCACUAGCAAGGUUAAUUGUUGCCAGAACAUGCCACCAAAAGAAAAAACCAGAAAAUGAUCAAAUUGGCGAACGAGAACUCAGGAGAUCGGGCAGAAGAAGAGCAACAAGGAACCCAAGGCCAGCAGCGGCAAAGCUGGUUCCUGCACUCGUAAAAUCUGUGCGAUGCCCACCUGGUUUGAGAGCUGGGAACGGGAGGAUACCUAUGCAGCUCUUGCGGUUGUUGCAGCCGUCGCCUCUGUUGCUGUCGCUUACGGCUGCUAUAGGCAGCUGAGAUGAAAUUCAGCUCUAUCAUAACUAAAACUUUUGCUGGCUUACGGUAUAAAUAGCCCUCACGAUACUGAGGUACCACGUCAUCAAAGUGUGUUAACAAUGGAUAUCAGCAAUUAUAAUUCCAUGUCAAAGCAAAACAUCCGCACACAGCUAUGGGAUAAGAAGAUAUCCGAUGCUUAAGACCUAUUUUUAAAUGUUAAUAGGCUGGAAAGAUAAUCCUAUUACUCUGCUUAUGUACAUCAUCGCAAGGUGCAGACGGUAUAGUCUGAUAUAAAUGCUCGGUAAUGCUGUUUUUGAAUCGAGACAAACAGUUUGGGCUUCUCGUUGCAUUGCACAUUUAAAGAGUAUUUUUGAGGCACA